UUCUGGCACAUCUCCUCAUUGGAGGAGUUAGUUAUAAGAAAAGGAAGGAAGGAAGGAAGGGAAGGUUCUCGCAGUUUCGUUGCAGCACCUUGCAGUUUCACAGUUGUUAGCUGUUAGCUGUUGUCCGUUUGAUUCCAAUUGCUGUUUAGACUAUUUUGAUUAAUUUUUCAUCUAAUAGCCAAAUUAAAUAAAUACAAAAAAUGUCUCGUCAUCGGGAUGUACGAUCUAUGAAUUAUUCAGAUGAAUAUGAUGGGUAUGACGAUGUUUAUGGUCAUUCUGUUGAGGAUGAUUAUUGUGUUUCUCCUAGUGCCGAGCAAUUCAUGUUUGACCGAAAUAAACGGCAAAAUAUUGCCUCUUACUUCACGGAAGAAGAUAUUGUUGAGGGUAAUGAGGACAUGGAUAACACAACAACUUUAGUACCACCUGGAACUUCUUUUACUCACAAAAGCACAGAACUUUCAAAUUUGGAUGCAGCCAAAUUGUCAUCUUGCAUCGAAGCCAUUAGAAAUGUGAUAGGUGACACAGUUUCUGACUCAACUCUCAUUGAAAAGAUUCUGCAAUCAAACUUCAAUACAGAGGCAGCACUGGAUGCAAUUUUAAAAGAAUCUUCACCAAAGGAUACGACCGAUUGUGUGGCCAAUUCAGAACAACCAGAUGCAUAUCAAGGUAAUAAGACAGCCUCGAAGGCAGCACCGUUCCAAACCGGAGUGUCUCCUGCAGUAAGGGUGGUUCCAGCUGCAACACGGUCCAUCGUUAAAGGAUUCGAUUUAAGCGGCUCCGACAAUUCUGACCUCGUGCACUCCAGAAUUAGCAGCAGCUCACGCUCGCAGAGUCCGUCAUCCGGUCAAAAUUCUCCGGAUAUCAAACGAAAGGACGAUCAAAAUCAAAAAGACAAAAGGACCUUGAUCGUUUCCUCUUCAAAAUCAAAUACGCCGUCGAGAUGUCAGUCGCCGGCUUCAGGUCGUGCAACGCCCGAGUCCGAAUCCAAAUGUCGAGAAAAAAGUCUAAGCAUCGAGAAUAAAAUCGACGCGAUGACAGCCUAUAGGAAGAAGCGUGGCGAUGCAAAGGAACAGUUGCAUCUUGUGGUCGUCGGACACGUAGACGCAGGUAAGAGUACCCUGCUCGGGAGACUUCUUUGCGACCUGGACCAAGUGCCCGCAAGACUUAUUCACAAGUACCAGCAAGAGAGCAAGAAAAUUGGCAAGCAAUCAUUCGCGUACGCAUGGGUCCUCGACGAGACUGGCGAGGAAAGAGAACGUGGUAUUACAAUGGACGUGGGACAUUCGAAAUUCGAAACUGCCACCAAGUCUGUCACAAUCUUGGAUGCACCUGGGCACAAAGACUUUAUACCGAAUAUGAUCACCGGUGCUACGCAGGCCGACGUUGCCUUGCUGGUGGUUGAUGCAACUCGGGGUGAAUUUGAAACAGGAUUUGACAGUGGUGGACAGACUCGAGAACACGCGCUAUUGUUACGCUCUCUUGGCAUCACCCAAUUGGCAGUAGUGGUUAACAAACUGGAUACGGUUGGAUGGUCAAAGGAAAGAUUUAAUGAGAUAGUCGAAAAGAUGAAUAUCUUUCUGAAGCAGGCUGGGUUCAGGGAUGCUGUGCCUUUUGUACCUUGUAGCGGUUUGUCGGGCGAAAAUUUGGUCAUGGAACCUAAAGAGGAAGGAUUGUCAAGUUGGUAUACAGGCCCGACACUGGUUAGCGUAAUCGACAGUUUCAAAUGUCCUGAACGACCUAUAAAUAAACCAUUUCGCUUCUCCGUCAAUGAUAUAUUCAAAGGAACUGGUUCUGGAUUUUGUGUUUCCGGUCACGUUGAAACUGGGAUGGUUUCCGUGAGUGACAAGGUCCUUGUAUUACCCUACAAUGAAGUUGCGCUCGUAAGAGGUUUGCAAAUUGAUGACAUUUCAAUAACGAGCGCGUUCGCCGGCGAUCAUGUGGCAUUGACUUUAUCGGGUAUCGAACAGCAGAGUGUUGCUGUGGGAGACAUUCUUUGCACUCCUCAAUAUCCUGUGCGAACAACGACGCGAUUCGAAGCACAUAUUGUUCUAUUCGCGGUCGCGACACCAAUUACCAAAGGCCUUCCAGUGGUGAUGCAUCAACAAUCCCUCGUUGAACCGGCAGUCAUAGUCAGAUUGAUAGCACAACUUCACAGAGGUACCGGCGAAAUUAUUAAAAAAAAACCACGAUGCCUUCCAAAAAACUCGAGCGCAAUAGUUGAAAUCAGAACACAACGGCCGAUUGGUAUGGAAUUGUACAAAGAUGUAAAGCAGCUUGGCAGGGUAAUGCUUCGCGUUGCAGGUACCACUGUUGCAGCUGGUUUGGUUACCAAGAUAUAUUAAAUCAUUGGAAUACAAGUAAUGAUAAUAUUGUUACAGCUUUUGUCAACAUCUUAUAUGUUAAAUACACACACACACACACACACAUAUAUAUAUAUAUAUAAGUAAUAGAAUGUAUACGUACAUGCAUAUAUUAUGUACAGAACUAUGCAGCCAUAGACGAGCCGCUCCCAUUUGACAGCUGUCAUGCAAUUGAUUUUCUUGAUCACCGUUUGGCAACACACUGCGGCACGAAGACGGGCCAAGGUUUAGUUGCUCGUCCGCUGCAACAUUCCAUUUGUCAACUACCAUAUCGGCUUAGCGCGAUAGUUCUCAAAUUCGACCGGUGAGUUUCGGUUGAACAGUCUUGUACAUGUACAUGUAUAUAUUAUAUUCUGGGAGAAUAUAAAAGAAAUCUAAUAUUU